GCGGCGCCGAGCGGAGACGAGGAGAGAUUACUCCAGGCAGCUAACAAAGCAACAAGAGUUUCAGGGACACAAAAACAGCCCAGCCGUCCGUCAACAAGGGAAGAAAAAUCCGAGGACCAAGACUUGCAGGGUCUGAAGGACAAGUCCUCCAAAGCCAAAAAGGUCAAGAAGGAAAGGAAGGAGGAAAAACAGCAUGAGCCAGCACAGCCUUCUGCGGAACCCGCGGAAGCAGGCAAAGCAGAGAUGUCGGAAGAAGCGGGAUCUGCCCCAGCUGCCCCUGAAGCCUCGGCGUCCCCCAAGCAGCGCCGCUCCGUCAUCCGGGACCGUGGGCCCAUGUACGACGACCCCACCUUGCCCGAAGGCUGGACCCGCAAGCUCAAGCAGAGAAAAUCCGGCCGCUCGGCGGGGAAGUACGACGUCUACCUUAUCAACCCCCAGGGGAAAGCCUUCCGUUCUAAAGUUGAGCUUAUUGCCUACUUCGAGAAGGUGGGUGACACUUCACUGGAUCCCAACGAUUUUGAUUUCACGGUAACUGGACGUGGGAGUCCCUCCCGGCGAGAGCAGAAGCCUCCCAAGAAACCCAAAGCCACAAAAACGUCUGGCACGGGCCGGGGCCGGGGUCGGCCAAAAGGCAGCGGUUCGGCCAAGGCCAAAGGAGCUGUUUCGGAAGGCGUCCAGGUGAAGCGGGUGAUGGAGAAGAGUCCUGGAAAGCUGUUGGUCAAGAUGCCUUUGCAGUCCUCUGCAGCAGGCGGAAAGGCAGAAGGCGCAGGUGGGGCGACCACCUCUGCACAGGUCAUGGUUAUUAAGCGUCCUGGACGCAAGCGGAAAUCCGAGUCUGACCCUCAGGCCGUGCCCAAGAAACGGGGGCGUAAGCCAGGUAGCGUGGCAUUAGUGCCGGUGGCCGAGGCCAAAAAGAAAACAAUCAAAGAGCCGGUGGUCCAAGCCGUGCAGGAGACAGUGCUGCCCAUCAAAAAGCGCAAGACACGCGAAACUGUCACCAUUGAGGUGGCCAAGCCGCCCCCGCCUCCUCCAAGCAACACAGGUGAGCGGAGCCCUAAGGGACAGCGAAUAGCUGCCAAGAGCCCCGGGCGCCGCAGCAAGGAGAGUAGCCCGAAGGGGCGGAGUGGCAACACUGUGCCAACCUCUGCCUCUUCCUCCUCCCCAGGCAAGAAGGAUCAGCAUCACCCUCCUCAUCAGCCACCUCCGGAACCUCAAGGCAGCCCCCCGGCUCAGCCCCCAGAAAGCCCCAAGGACAGCAAGAGCCUCCUCGCUGAACCCCAGGACUUGAGCAGCAAGAGCUGCAAAGAAGAGAAGGCUCCCGAAAGCGACGGCUGCCCCAAGGAGCCCCCUAAGACUCAGCCCGGCGGCACAGCAGUGCCCUACAAACACGAGCGCAAAGACACUGUGUCGUCCUCCGCAGCCAUGCCCCGGCCAACGAGCAGGGACGAGGCUGUGGACACCAGGACGCCUGUCUCAGAGCGAGUCAGCUGACUGUGAGGGGGGAGAGCGAGCAAGUUGAGCGCCAGAGGAAACAAAGAGAGGGACAGGCACUCCCAGCCCCACACACACCCCAGUUGAAACUCCAGGCAACUGCCGGGUAGGACCCCCCUCACCCCACCCCUUUCCUCGCAGUGCCCCUGCUUCCAAGCAGUCCGCUUUCCCCCAAAAUGAUUCUUCCUUUGUCCCCCAUCUUCCUCCCACUUUUUAAUACAGACAAGCACAGUGUGGGGUGCAGAGACACGCCUCCCAGGGCUGGAAGCCACUUUGCACUUUUUUACCGAAUGGGGGCACCCUCUCCCUGCCGCCCCGCCCCGCCCAGGCCCCUUCUGCCAGGCUUUGCUGCAUAUACUACUGACAAGGCAAGCUUGUUUGGCAGGGGAGGGGCAGCUUCAGACUCUGGCCUGUGGCCCCCAUCCUGCCUGACCCUCCCCAUUACAGAGGCCCUGCGGACAGAUCAGGGGAGGGACGGGGGGGAGGGGGGCACGUGUGUAUUCCACUCCACCUCCCUAGUGCCAUGUAAUGUAGUCGUCAAGUCUUAAUUGGAGUUCUGUAGUUUUCAGUAGGAUGUGUGCAUGCAUGUCUGCGUGAACGAGAGAGAUGGGGCCAGGAGUGCCCCUCGGGGGAGCUGAUAUUUCCCCAUCUCCCAGUCAGACCAGCAAUUAGGAACGACCUCCCCUCCCCUCCCCCCAAAGACAGUUCUGCUAAGAGACGACUGGGGCAACGGGGAAGGGCCAGCUUUGGAAGAAUGUCUUCCCUCCACACGCGUAUCUCGAAAGGAGGGGCCUUUGGGUUCGUUAAAGCAAUCUCUGAGUGUGCCGGAGCGUGCGUGGGUGUGGGUGCGCGCACACACACGUGCUUGUCGCAUGCGAAGAGUUAAAAUGAGAAGUUCUUCCAGUUCAUGUCGACGAUGUUAGCUUAGGGAACUGUUUGCACUAAUGGGGGCCUUCGCCCACCUGCCCGGGAGGCUUUGGCGUGAAAGACGUACGGAGUGUGCCUGUGUAUAUUGUGGUGGGACCGGGGGGUGGGGAGAGAA